AUGGUGUCUACUUGUGUGAACUUUAAGACCAAUACACAUAUAACAUACUUGAGGAAAGACAAUAUUUUUCAUCAAGAUAAUGGUUUUCUAGGUGAGAGAAUCAAAGUGGGGGUGAAUUACAGUCCAUGGAUUAUUAAUCAGAUGGAAAUAUGUUUGAAAACCAAAGAGAGGGUUAAGAAGUUAAAACAUGGUGUUGUGUCUGCUGUUCUUACAUCAAAUGAUGCCACUGAGUCUAAGACAUUUCAGGUUCCAUCUUUUUUGAGAAGAAAAGCUGACCCUAAAAAAGUUGUUUCCAUCAUAUUGGGAGGAGGUCCUGGUGUUCAACUUUUUCCUCUUACCAAACGAGCUGCUACACCAGCUGUUCCUGUUGGUGGAUGCUACAAGCUUAUAGACAUUCCAAUGAGCAACUGCAUCAACAGUGGCAUCAACAAAGUAUUUGUAUUGACACAAUUCAACUCGGCAUCACUAAACCGUCAUAUCUCUCGCACCUAUUUUGGAAAUGGCAUCAACUUUGGAGAUGGAUAUGUAGAGGUUCUUGCGGCUACUCAAACACCGGGAGAAUCCGGGAAGAAUUGGUUUCAAGGAACAGCAGAUGCUGUGAGGCAAUUUACAUGGGUAUUUGAGGAUGCAAAGAACACAAACAUUGAGAAUGUAAUAAUCUUGCCUGGAGAUCAUCUAUACAGAAUGGAUUACAUGGAUCUUGUGCAGAGUCACAUAGACAGAAAUGCAGAUAUAACAGUAUCAUGCGCUGCUGUUGGUGACAGCCGGGCAUCAGAUUAUGGAUUAGUCAAAGUAGAUAGCAGAGGCCGCAUCAUCCAAUUUUCAGAAAAACCUAAGGGAGCUGAUCUUAAAGCAAUGCAAGUAGAUACCUCUCUAUUUGGAUUGUCACCUCAAGAUGCAAUAACGUCGCCUUUUAUUGCAUCUAUGGGGGUUUACGUAUUCAAGACCGAUGUUUUACUCAAGCUUCUAAAAUGGAGGUAUCCCACAUCCAAUGACUUUGGAUCUGAAAUCAUUCCAGCAUCAGUGAAGGAAUACAAUGUCCAAGCGUUCUUUUUCGGAGACUAUUGGGAAGACAUUGGAACAAUACAAUCAUUUUACGAUGCUAACAUGGCUCUUACCGAAGAGAGCCCAAUGUUCAAAUUUUAUGAUCCCAAGACACCUAUUUUCACUUCUCCAAGAUUCUUACCACCAACAAAGAUUGAUAAAUGCAGGAUUGUGGAUGCAAUAAUCUCACAUGGCUGUUUCCUGAGAGAAUGUAGUGUGCAACACUCCAUUGUGGGUGAACGUUCACGUUUGGAUUAUGGCGUUGAACUCAAGGACACUAUAAUGAUGGGAGCAGACUCUUACCAAACCGAAUCCGAAAUUGCUUCUGAGCUGGCAGAGGGAAAGGUUCCCAUUGGAAUUGGAAGGAACAGCAAAAUCAGGAAGUGUAUAAUAGACAAGAAUGCUAGGAUUGGGAAAGAUGUCAUCAUCAUGAACAAAGAUGGUGUUCAAGAAGCAGAUAGACCUGGUGACGGUUUUUACAUCCGAUCAGGAAUCACAAUUAUAAUGGAGAAGGCAACAAUAGAAGACGGCGCUCUCAUAUAG